AAUGAAUCGUCUUGGUAUAUCUUUAGCAGACAAAAGAUUAGAAGAAAGUAAAAAAUACUUACUAGAAAACUGUUUACAGGAAGACUUCGAUUAUCCACAGAUAUUCUACGAUCAUACCGAGAAACUUUGGAGAGAUAACGGAGUUUUAAAAUGCUACGCAAGAAACGCCGAAUAUCAAUUGAUAGAUUGCGCUAAAUAUUUUCUAGACAAAAUCGACGUUAUACGAUUAGAUUCUUAUUUACCAUCUGAUCAUGAUAUUCUCCAUUGUAGAAUAUUGACAAAUUCAAUACAAAAGAUAGAAUUUACGGUUAUGGAUAAAAAAUCAAGAAUCCCUUUUCAUGUUUUUGACGUUGGUGGUCAAAGGGGAGAACGAAAAAAAUGGAUACAAAUGUUUGACUCUGCAACGGCUAUCCUUUUUUUACUUGAUUGUUCUUCUUUCGACGUUAACGUUCGCGAUGACUUUGAAUCGAACAGGCUUUUAGAAGCGACAGAAGUCUUUGAACAUAUAUGGAAUUCUCGGUUUUUAAAGAACGUUUCCUUAAUCUUAUUUGUAAAUAAGAUUGAUCUUUUAGAAGGAAAGAUCAGAUCGGGAAGUUCGAUUGAUAAUCUAGUCAAAUCAAUUCCGUCUACUCACAAAUAUUUCCCCGUCUAUGAUAGAGUUUAUAGGGAAUUCUCUAAACCUUUAGAUCAGGAACGUAAAGAAUUCAUUGAUUCUUUUUUAACUAGAGAAAAAAAACCGGAAAACCGUUUGAAAUUUCGCAGAAGAUCUUCUAGAUCUCCCUCAGUUCAACCGGAAAUACUCGAUGAAAUUGUAAAAACAGCUGUUAUUAUCAAAAGGGUCUUUAUGGAAGUUGCACAUGGUUCGAAAAAGGGAUCAGAGGGAAGAGAAUUCCAUAGAGGUCAUUACUGCGAACCUUUUUAUACUUGCGCAAUUGAUACAGACAAUAUCCAAAAAGUUCUUGAAGGUGUACGUUCCAUCCUUAUCAAGAAAGCUUUAAGAUGGUUACGUAAAGGUCUUAAUUCUCAAGAUAUGAAAAAAUUACACCCAGUUUACACCCUAAACGAUAGUUGGGACCUUCCCAGACAUUUUGAAUAUGAAAAUUACCGAUUAGAUAGAGAUAAUUUAGAAGAAGAUAUGAUAAAAGAAUUUGAAGAGUAUUCUAGGCAAUUUUGUUAUCAUCUAAGAAGAGUUCGGAGUCAUCUUUUAUCCGAGAUAUCGGAUGGAAUGAUGCAAGAUACUCAUUCGAAUGCUAAGAGCAAUGACAAUCCUUCAUUGUCCACUUCGAAGAAUAGAAUAAGUAAUAGAGAAUUCUUGGAAUCAUCGGUUGACGGAAUCCAUUCGGCAUUGGAACUAAAUUUGUCAAAUGACGAAGGAAGAGAUGGUCGAAUUAGUAUAUGGAAGAGUGAAAAUUGUACGUUCAUUAAGAGUAGUAGAACAAUAGUUAAUGGAGAAAUUAGUGAAUUAUGUACAAGUAAGAACUGUUCAAAUGUUGGAGCCAACUUUCUUAUCAUUAAUUGGAAUUCUGCAUCCUCUUCAUUUCGUUUAAGAGUUUAUGACUCUGAAUUGAAAUUUAUCAAUUAUAAAUUCGAUAGAGAACCUAAUCAUCCUAAGGGUGAAUAUCGGUACACCUGCGUAAUUUCAAGAGGUAAAAUGGAAGAAUGGAAAAGUGUACAACUAUCUUGUACAGAUGAAACUUCUUGUUCACCUAAAAGUCAUAAUAAUAUCAACUAUAUUAGUUCUACAAAGUUAAACAGCUGUUCAUUUAGUGAUACGAAAUUUCCAAACUCUGAUUAUACUACUUUUACGAAAUGGUGUGAAUUCAAAAAAUACAAUUUUAAUGGUCUUAUCGGUUGGAAAAUUAAACCGAAUGUAAAUCCUGGAUAUUUCUUGGUUCAUCAACAAGGAGUUUGUCCUACAUAUGUUAAGAUUACUAAUGCAGAAGAUUUCUACUCGGAAUCUAUAAAAUACGAAUCAAGUAACGUAAUCGAAAGUGCUGCAAGAUUACACGGAGCUUGUUGGAACAAUACUGCUUUAGUAUUUAAAAUUAAAAAUGAUACCAUUACAGCUAAAUGGACAUUAGUCGAUGUAAAAUGUAAAAGAGAUUAUGAAAUUCUUGGUUCCUCUUCUUUUACUGUAACAGUUGCUCCAGGGAUUUUUGAUAUUGGAAAAAAACUUGGUGUAGUAUAUAUGAACAACACAGAAUAUAGCUAUGAAAUACCAUUAAAAUAUAACGGAUCAUAUCUAGAAAUUAAACCGAAUUGUGAGAAACAAACUAAUCUUGAUUGCUCCUGCGAUCGCAUCAGAGAAAAGAUUAACGUACAAAUGUCAACAUCGCCACAAGUAACAAAUGAAGAUGAUAAAUCUAUUGAAAUUUCCACUAAACCAUACAUUUCUCCAAAAUCACCUACAGAGUUUGUUGGAAGUCCUAAGAACCAUACAGAAAUCAUUGUAAUAAUUUGUGUUACUGGAGGUUUUGGUAUUAUUCUGCUAGUUUUUGGAAUCUGCUUUUGUACAUAUAGAUGUAGAUGUAAAAGGGGAUAUAAAAUAGUACAUUUUGUUUGUGAUAAUGGAACACCAUCCAACAAUGAUAUUGCAGUAGAACUUUUUGGGUUCUUAAGGGUUGUAAAAGAGUUCGAAACUAAAUUCUACGAUUUAUCUCAAGAUGUAGACAAAAAUGUUAAAUUCUUUCUUAUAAUUUUAUCAGAAAAUAAAGAGUUUAAUGACCUGUAUAUAAGGAGAUUAGACUUUUAUAAGAAUUGUUUCAUAUUUGCCUCAUUGCAUGAACAUCUAAAAUCACCAACUAAUGGAAAAGUUUAUUAUAUUCCAAAAGAUAUGAGGAAGUUGCUUAAAGCUCUUGGAGCACAUGUUAAUGAAGACUUGUAUAAAGCAAAGUUAUUUAAUCUUCGUGAUACUAUAGAGAGAGUUAAUAGAGGCGAAAAAAUUGUUAAAAAUUAUGAAAGGCAAAACAGUGUCGCAGGAGUCCAUUUUAAUAGCAUAAAUGAAAUCAUCCCUCCAGAAGACAACUAUGACAUUGCAGAGUGUAAACAAGAAUACGAAAACUGUCAUCUACAAUUUAAAGUUGAGUAUGAUGAAGAGAGCUUAUCAUCCGAUACAUCUGAUACACGUCGCCAUUCCGAUCCAGUUUCUGAUUGUAGGCAGCCGACAAUAAGUAUUUCAAAAACGUCUGUUGUUUAAGAUUUCUUGUCCAAAUGUUUAUUUUGUAUAUAGCCUUACUGGUGUUAUACAGUAUAUAUAAAUUUAUAUAUAUAUAUAUAUCAUUUUGAACUAUUCUGUUAUACUAAUUGUUUGUUUGUUAUUUGUAUAGUAUUCUGCAAAAUUGAAUACAGUAAAACUUGAAUGUCUUUUCGUGUCACAAGAUGGCGCUCCAAAUGCACUUUUUUCGAGGACAGCCACUAAUUGCAUAGAUUUUACCUGUCUUUAUCAAACGAAAACUAUUAUUAAAUAGUUGUUUUUAUUCAAAUAAAAUGCUAUAGAAACAAUAAAAACAAAUUUUUUCUUUUAUUUGAUAUUCCAAAGAGAGAGAGAGAGAGAGUAAGGAUAUUAUCAGUCUUCUCGAAUAGAAAUAUUUAUAUAAUAUUGCACUGAUAGAAAGAGAAGAGGAG